AUGGCUCCUUACCUCGAAACAGUCAAAUCCUUUGCCGACGUUCCAGUUACCGACGCUGGCGUCGAUACUCUCGCAUUUCUCGAAGCUUCUCAAGGUGUUCUUGGCUUGUUUGAUAUUCUUGGAUCGACUGCUUUUGCUGCCGUCCAAUCCGAUUUGAAGGGUAAUAUCAUCAAAGUCCGUGCUCGGUAUGAUGCGGCGCCUACUCAAUCGGCGACGCUUGAGGAACUCGUGAAGAACGAACAGGGAGAAAAGAAACGGACGGCUACCGAAGGCUUGAUGUGGCUCCUGAGAGGACUGGCUUUCACCUGCACUGCACUCUUGAAUGCUCAAGCGAAUGAGAACGAGGAGUUAUCAGUAGCUUUCACAAAGGGAUACGAACGAACUCUCAAGCAAUACCAUAACUUCAUCGUGAAAGGUAUAUUUUCCGUCGCAAUGAAGGCCUGUCCUUACCGCAAAGAUUUUUACGCGAAAUUGGCGUCCGAUCCAAAUGGUGGUCCAGCUGUUACCGAUAAUGUCCUUAGCGAGGAACUUGACAAAUGGCUUGCUGCUUUGGAUUUAAUUGUCAAAAGAAUGCAGGCAUUCUAUGAGAAACAUGGAUACAACAAAGGCUUCUGA